GAAGACAUUUGGAAGGAAGCAUUUCCGGUCGGCACGGAGUGGGACCAAUACGACAAAGUGUACGAGAUUGAGUGGGACUUCUCAAACCUUGAUGAGGCGUUUGAUGAGGGCGGCCCGCUGCACGACAAGCGCGUCUACCUCUUUGGGUGCACAGAGCCGCAGCUGGUGCACUGGAAGGGCAAGGACAAGGUGGUGCACGUGCCAGCUGUCGUGGCGGUGUUAUCACCAUUCGCCCCGUCAGACAAGCUGGGCAUCAAGUCAGUGCAGAUGGAGACAGAGAUGAUCGUGCCGAUGCGCGAGAUGAAGAUGGACUGGAUCCCCUACAUACCCGAUACUACUGGCCGAGGGUCGGACCUCAGGCGGCACCGGUCGAACAUCUUCACUCUCAAGUGCAUACAACGCAGGGCGGGGUUGAGGCAGAUGAAGCAAGAGCGGGUGAAGAAGUUCGAGUACUGCUUACCAUACAUAUUCCUACCGCACAUGCAGGAGGAGCAGGAGGUGGACACGGUGGUGUCCAUCAUGUAUCCCUUUGAAGGCGACAACCCACCUCCCCCGUUGCUGGCGGAGUAUGACUGGGAGAUGGACGAGUACGAGGAGUUCACAGACAACCUGGUCAAGGACGAGUCGCUACCAGAAGCCGAGAAGCCCAAGUUCAUUGAGUAUGUGAAGAAAGAGGUGAAAGAGGCCAAGCUUAAGGCAAAGAAGGAGCGGGAGGAGCGCAAGAAGGCGAUAGAGGACAUGGGGGAGGAGCGGCUGGAAGCACUCAAGAACCUCAGGUUCCUCAAGUUCUACCCCAAGCAGAGCGACGACACACCCGAUAUUUCCGAGUUCAAGGCCCACUACAUCAACCGAUAUUACGGCAAGGCUCAUGAACUGAUUGGCGCCAACGAGGUUCCCAAGAAUGACUCCGAAGCUGCCAGGAAGGCCGUUGGUGACAAGAGCGGCGUGGUGCAAAUGAAGCUCGACUUCUACAAGAAGGAGGGCGAGCUCAUGUGGGUGGACUAUUCGGUGAAGGCGUCGAAGCUGGAGGGCGAGAUGCCGCCCACCAAGACGCACAUCCACCCGGGGAGGAAGGGCGAGAACAACCCCGUGCUGCUCGACCUGCCGUGCAAGUACAAGCAGACCAGCGCCUCCGAGUGGCUGUGUGAGGGCGCCAUGUGGGAGGACAAGUGGCUCUCGAAAUCGGAGGUGGCGAUUUUCACCAAGAUCGGAAAGCACCCCAACGCGUUCUACGGGAACAUCCACACCAAGAAGUACCCUGAUGGUGCCGCGCGCGGCGGGCUCGUUACGGUGCGAUGGGAGGUGCACAUGGCGGCCGUGCAGCGCGACUUGCGGCGCGUUCGACGCGGGAACAGACGGCUGCAGAGCGGAGACGAUGACGAGGAAGUCGUGUUUGGACUCGUCGGCAACGCGGACCCGCAGAUAGCAGGGCUGUACUUCGCGUCGGUGGCGCUGGGCUCGCCGCCGCAGCUGUUCAACGUGCAGGUGGACACGGGCAGCGACCUGCUCUGGGUGGCAUGUCAGCCGUGCCUUCAAUGCGCCACGCGCUCGCAAGUCGCGCCGUUGAACCCGCCGUUCAACGCAUCGCAAUCCUCCUCCAAUCACCUCCUCCCGUGCGCGACGCGCGAAUGCCCGCGCUACCACCUCUCCGACAACGUCUUGCGCGGCUGCCCGUCGCCGGCCGUCGCGACGGCGGCCGCCGUGCCGGCCGCCACGUGCCUGUACAUGCUGCGCUACGCGGACGGCAGCGCGUCCGUGGGCGUGCUCAUGCGCGACGUGCUGCACCUGCCGUGGACCCCUAGCGAGCAACCCGUGGGACCCGGGGGGGUUGGGACUGGAGAAAGUGGGCCCGCGGGGAAUGGGAGAAGCGGGGACCUGCCGUCGACCGCCACUGAGCCCUUGGGAGGGGGAGCAGGGGGAGUGGCUGGUGUGGCGAGGACGAGUGGUAACCUGGUGACUGGCGAGAGUGGCGAGAGUGGUAACCCCGGCGAGCUCAACAUCGUGGAGCCGCGGAGAAUUGGGCAGGAAGUGGCGGCUCAACGCGCGGCCCCAGCGAGCGGUGCCGGCGGGGCUGCUAGUAACGGGAAUGAAGCGCAGGGAAGCAGCGUGGCUGCUAAUAGCGGGGAUGAAACUCAAAGAAGCGGCGCGAACGCGUCCGCGAGCGGCACCAAGUACCGGCCGGUCGUGACGUUUGGGUGCGGGUUCAACCAGUCCGGCAAUCUUUUAGACGGCCCGCUGACGGUCGACGGCGUGAUGGGGUUGGGCCGCGGCGCAUCGUCGCUGCUGGCGCAGCUCGGCGCGCAGCACGCGCUGCCGCACGCAUUCGCGCACUGCCUGGGCGGGCCGGAGGGCGGUGGCGCGCUGUUCCUCGGGCGCGUGUCGUCUGCGGGGGCGCUGAGCGGCGUGCGCGGCGUGUGGCAGCAAACGGCUCUGUGGGACAAACCCGACAGCACGCAGUAUAUGAUCGGCCUGGCAGGCAUCGCCAUCGCCGGUGUGCCCAUUGCCUGGCAACCCGCCGCCGCCGCUGCCGUCCCUGCCGCCGCCGCUGCUGCUGCUGCCAGAGAUGCUGAAGCCGCUGCUGCUGCUGCCGCCCAAACCACCUCCUCGCUUGCUGCGCCAGCAGGCAAUGCCACAGGCUCGGCAUCGUCAGGCUCGGCAUCUCCAGGCUCGGCAUCAGUAGGCUCAGAGUCGGCAGGGAUGGUGCCGUGCGUGUUGGACAGUGGCACGUCGCUCACAUACCUGCCAGACUCGCUCUAUCAAACUCUUACUGCCGCCCUGGUGCAAGCCAUUGACUUGCCGCUACUCGCCUUCGCCCAGACGGAGGGCCAUUUCUGCUACAACCUGGGGGACGGCAGGCUUCCCUGGCCGCGGGCGCGCUACCUCUUCCCGGACCUGACUCUCACAUUCGGCACCGGGGCUCGCAUGGUGCUGCCGCCCGAAAACUACAUCCUGCUGCUCGCCACCACUGCUGGCUUCGAGGUGCCGUGCAUUGCGUGGCAGAGCGCUGGCCCUGACUCCUCCCUUGCUGUGCUGGGUGACCUGGCGCUGCGCAAUUUGCUGGUGGAGUUUGACGUGGAGGCCAACACCGUGCGCUGGCUGCCCUCCCAAUCAAAGGAAAAAACAGCAGUAGAUUUCCGCUCUGUGUACCACUACCUGAAUCACCCCUUGCCCCGCCUCACCCCUUGCCCCGCCUCACCCCUUGCCCCGCCUCACCCCUUGCCCCGCCUCACCCCUUGCCCCGCCUCACCCCUUUCCCCGCCUCACCCCUUGCCCCGCCUCACCCCUUGCCCCGCCUCACCCCUUGCCCCACCUCACCCCUUGCCCCGCCUCACCCCUUGCCCCGCCUCACCCCUUGCCCCGCCUCACCCCUUGCCCCGCCUCACCCCUUGCCCCGCCUCACCCCUUGCCCCGCCUCACCCCUUGCCCCGCCUCACCCCUUGCCCCGCCUCACCCCUUGCCCCGCCUCACCCCUUGCCCCCCCUCACGCCUUGCCCCUCCUCACACCCUUCGAAUCGCCUCACCCACUGA